AUGUCGUCACCGAUCAUUGUCAAUAAUGCACAGAACCAACAGAACCUUCCAAAAAAGACUGCUACGUUUAACCCUCAGUCCAGCGCUGGGGGGAACAAGCAAAAGCUCCCUGGACACCGAGCUACGUACUCGACCCGAGACGCUGCUAAAAACGGUAUCAAAGGAGCCUACGUCCCACCGCACAUGAGAAAUGCAUCAAAAAAUAACAACAACAACAAUAAUAAUAACAAAAAAGUUGAAAAGACGAAUCAGAAGGAUAACAACAACAGAAAACCAUUCAACAAGAAAUCCAACUCCAACUCGAACUAUCGUAACAAGUGGCGACAGCACGACGACCGAGCAGAGGACAGAUCCAACUCGAACUUCCGAAACUGGACCAAGAAAGAGCAACACAAACGUGAAAAGAAAGAGCCUAAAGAAAUCAUCAAACCACACUGCGAGCUCUUCCUUACAAAUCUUCCUCCUCACAUGCGAAAUAUUGGCGGUCUUGCUGCGUUUUUCCAUCCUUACGGAGAAGUAGCGCAGAUCCAAGUGAUCGGCGUAAACGACGAAAUCCCCGAGAAUGUGCGCAAGUGGUGUGAUGUCAAGCAGUUGGUGCCCAAGACUCACUCCGCCAUCGUGGAAUUCCUGACAGCCCGCACCGCCAAAUUCGUCGUUGGCGUCCUUCGCAAGCGUCUUGGACAGCUUACUUUCAACGUUGGAUUGAUCAAACCUGGGCUUGGAGAAGAACUUAACUUCCAAAAGAAAACAUAUGGCGAAAUUGUUCAUCAGCCCAGCUCGAAUCUUACCCAACAGUACAUCGUUACAAAGACGGUCAUUUCCGACACUUCUUCCGAUUCUUCAGAAGUCGAGACAAACAAGCCUUACAAGAGAGUCAUAAAGCGAUUGGUGACCGCCAAUCCAGCGCGAAUCGAUCAAGCCUACUGGUCCCAAAGCUCCAGUCAAAUUUCCUCGUCCGAUGUCUCCGCCGUGUCCAGCUCCGAAUCCGACUAUUCCGACGCGCGCGCCGGCUCCCCCAUUUCCGAAUCUGGCUCUUCUUGCUGCAAGAUUCCGGAGGACAAGCCGGUCGACAUGAUUACCAACAAAUUGGCCCUGGUCUAA